GUAGAGCUUGGGCCCAAUCGAGCUUCAAACGCCAUAUUGCAAAGAGUAGAUUGACUAGGCUCAGGAAAGCGAAAGUGGCUGGGAGUGUCCUCCAGUUGAAGUGGAGAAACAUGUUCUGCUGGGAACAGUUGUGCCCUUGAUCUCCCUUACGGUCGUUUCCAACACUUGCAAAAAGAUUGUGCCCGCAAUGACUAUUAACCACAAAAGGAGAUUCUCGCGAGAUUUUUCGGACUCUCCUUCAGAUCUGGUACCUCCAGCUGAAAAGGAAAUUCUAGUCCCUGUCAUCGGAUCUGCCAGUUCGAUCGGGAAACCAGCACAUGUCGCUCAGCGCUGAGGCUAUGAGGGGUAUUCUGGGUCCUCCUGACCCACGAUAGGUCCCGAUUGUUUUCCAGUCACGUACCAGAUUUCUGACAUGUCACAACCAGGAUUCAAAAUUCAAAAUUCAAACUCAACUCCUUCGAAACCUGAAGACAUGAGCAGGGGACCACGCUACGCUUUACUUCCUUCUGAAGGAGGAUCGACAGACGACGUGGAAAUUGAGGCCUAUGUCCCUCGGCCGUCACGCAAAAAAGCAGAGAACCUCGUUUACUUGUCGGCUUGCAUUGGCGGGAUAUUAUCUUCCACCGUCUCUGUUAUUCUCUUGCUUUCAGGUAUCGGUGGCACCGCCCAACAAAGCAUGUCAGCCUCGCUUCCAACGCGUCGCGCCAGCACUUAUCUCGGCCUCGACAAGGUUGACUUCACCGGUAGCCCUACAUUUCCUCCGAUAUCAAGUUUUGCGCAUGUCGUACUCCAGGCAGAUCUUCAGAGUCCUCAACGAGCCAUGUCUGAGGAUGAUCGCAGUUAUUACUCUCCCGAAGGUGUGAUCUACCCGGACGAUCGACAUAUACUGGCCACACCGAAUGUCUCGACCGUUGUUCAGUUCAGAAACCUGGAUUACGGGAUGGAACGGUGUGCGCUUUGGAUUUCGACUCCGCCGGUAAAUAUGUCUCAUAACCCUGCUAUUCGUAUGGACGAUGUUACGAUUGACAUAUGGGAACUGGAUAUGGCUGACGAGCUUUUCCCCCCUUGCGGGUGUUUCUGGUAA